CCUUAAGCCGCCUACUGAGCAUCCGAGGAGGAGGCGGCGGGAUGAAAUGAGGAGGAGGGGGAGGCUGAUGCGGGUCCGGCUAUGAUGGAGCAUCCAUAGAUUAUAUAUUUUAACAGACGGAAAGUUUUUUUUUAAUGUAACGCUUUAGCUCACCACGUGACAUCCGGUAUCGUUUAUCGCCUCUGAAAGGCAGGACCAUUGGACUUGCCUUAGAACCUGUUGGAAGAUUGUCGAAACAUCGAGAACAUCACCACUGAGUAGACUAAACCCCUUAAUAUGUGGUGCUAUAUUUAAUUAAGCUAGCACAACAGCAACCUAGCUAGCAACGCUUUUAUAUUUAGGUUAAUUUUUCUCUCUUCGUUCGAAAAGUUUCUUCAAUUCGGCUCGGAGUGCCAAAACCAGUCCAGUCCUUAGCCGAGCACAAGCCCGGAGUACGUUGAUCCUUGUUAGCCCCAUGCUAGCCGAAGCUAGCAGGCGCUAUCAUUGGCUGCUUUUAGCUAGCUCGGAGCUCUCGGUCAUCAUCUUCACCACCAUCAUCAUCAUGCACGUUCAGGCGCGUUUGCUCCGGUGAAGCUUCGCACGUCACCGACAUGCACCCACGGCCGCCGACACGUCAGACCAUGUCGGAGUGAAACCUGCGCCGGAGGCACAACGAGAGGGGCGGCUGCAGAGGGAGUAGCUGCACCAAGCAACCAACCAGCAACAAUGGGCGAGCAGCCCAUCUUCAGCACGCGGGCCCACAUCUUCCAGAUCGACCCGGCCACCAAGAAGAACUGGGUGCCUACCAGCAAACACGCCGUCACCGUGUCCUACUUCUUUGACAGCACCAGGAACGUGUACCGCAUCAUCAGCCUGGACGGAUCCAAGGCCGUCAUCAACAGCACCAUCACCCCCAACAUGACCUUCACCAAGACCUCCCAGAAGUUUGGCCAGUGGGCCGACAGCCGGGCCAACACCGUCUACGGCCUGGGCUUCUCGUCCGAGAGCCACCUCAGCAAGUUUGCAGACAAAUUUGCCGAGUUUAAAGAGGCGGCGCGGCUGGCCAAGGAGAAGUCCCAGGAGAAGAUGGAGCUCAGCGGCACGCCCUCUCAGGGCGGCGCUGUAAAAAGGAGCGUGUCACCCGCCGUCAAACACGUUAUAAAGAAGGAGCCCGUCGCCGCUCCCCCACUGUCACCUUUGACCUCCGAGAGGGUGAACGGCACAGAGGACGAGAGGGCGGCGACUGAGGCGCCUCAGCCCAGUGAGGCCAGAGGAGGAGCAGAACCUUCCCACAAUGCACUUCCCUUCUCUCACAGUUCACCCGGCAUCAGCAAGCACUGGGAGGCGGAGCUAGCGGCGCUGAAGGGCAACAACGCCAAGCUAACGGCGGCGCUGCUGGAGUCCACCGCCAAUGUCAAGCAGUGGAAGCAGCAGCUGGCUGCCUACCAGGAGGAGGCCGAGCGGCUGCACAAACGGGUGACAGAGCUGGAGUGCGUCAGCGGCCAAAGCACCACGGCGAGGUCGGACAAGACGGAGCUGAACCGCACCAUCGAGGAGCUGGAGGAGGCGCUGAAGGCCAAGGAGGACGAGUUGGAGCGUCUGAAGAUGGAGAUUCAGAGUGCCAACCAGUUUCACUCUCAAAGAGACUCCCUCGCACACAAACUACAGGCCGUGGAGCUGAGGAACCAGGCGCUGGAGGCCCAGCUGGACGAGCUGGAGCAGCGCGUGGAGGCCGACCAGCGUGAGAGGGACGUCUUCCGCCAGAGUCUGCGCUCGCUGCUGCAGCUGCUGGACGGCAAGAUCUUGGAGCUGAGCGAGCUGAGGGAGGCUCUGGCCAAGCUGCUGGAGUGCAGCUAGGAGCCUCGCCGCCGCCGCCAUGUUUACACCGUCUGUUUGCCACGCCCACUCGGAUCCUUUACAAGAGCCAAGUUGAAGCGUCUCGGAUCCGUCUUGCCUUCCUGAAACGUUUGGACUUUUCGCUUCUUCGGUCGUUGAACUGUUUUUGUUUGAAAGACUCGCUCUGAUAUCGACAUCAGCCAAAUGAACCAAUCAGGCGCCAGGGCUUGAGCCAAUUGAGCCGCGGUACGCUAUUUUCUGGUCGCACACACGAGGGCGACAACGAGCAAUACAAAGAGGACGCUUUAUCCAGCCACUUUCAGGUACUUUCUUUAAAGAAAAAUCAUUCUGGUGCACUUGUUUAAAAAAAAAAAAAAUAAGACUAAACUUUGUUUUUCUCCUUGUUGCCACUUGAAGUGCAAUGAUUGAUCAUCUCUGGUACUUGUGUGUUUUUUUUUAUUACUAUUUAAAAAAUGGCAAUAUUUUCCACUAUUUAUCAAGAUUUGUUUUUUGCCAAAUGUUAUCCAAAUGUUUUUUUUUUUUUGCUGAUGUUGCCUUUUGGUGCAGGGAUGCAUCACUGGUAGCGUGUGAGUCUUUUUUUUUUCUUUUCCCUUUUGUCGUGGGAUUUUUUUUUCUUCCUCUUGCCAAAAAUGAGAAACACUUUUGCUAUCAAGGGCUCGUCAUCAGUUUGAGAGGGAUGACUAUUUGAAUAAAUUAAUGUAAAUGCUUACACAGUUGGAACUUUUCAGUUUCUAGUAAAAGUGAACCAAAUUAAAUAAAAUAAUUUUUGGAAAAAAAAAACUUUU